AUGGCUAUUAAGAAGAAUGGAGCGAAGCAGCUGAGGAAGAGGCUCAAUAGUGAAUGCGCAGAUGGAUUGGCAUACAGUAAGAAGGUCCGCAAGCUUCAUGCUCAGAUGGCCGAGGCCGAGAAGACGCUGAAGGAGGCCGAACCUCAGACCGAAGCCGAUAAAAUCGAUUAUGACGAUGAGUCGCUCGUGAUCCCGGACCCGGAUUGCGAUCCGGAACACCCGAGAACCGUGACCUUCUCCGACAUCUCGUCCGCCAUGUUCAACAUCAAGUCUGGGGUGGUGCACACGCCGUGCUCGAAAUCCCUCCAACUAUCCAAUCUCUACGGCUUCGAGUUGUACUUCAAGAAGGAGUACCUCCAGGUGACGGGCAGUUUUAAGGAGCGGGGAGCCAGAUACGCCUUGUCGCACUUGACGGCUGCUGAGCGGAAAAUCGGGGUGAUCGCGGCGAGCGCAGGAAACCACGCGCUAGCUCUCUGCUACCACGGAAAGUUGCUGAACAUCCCGGUGACGGUGGCGAAAGACUACGCGAUGCGAUUUGGGAAGGAAAAAGGGUUGAAGUACAUCAACGGGUACGAUGCUCCGGACAUUUUGGCCGGGCAGGGGACAAUCGGACUGGAGAUCUUGGAGCAGGUCCCUGAUGUCGAUGCUGUACUUGUUCCAGUCGGGGGUGGUGGACUGAUCGCAGGCGUUGCGGUCGCCAUUAAGACUUUGAAACCGGAAUGUCACAUCAUUGGAAUCGAGACCGAAACCUGCGCCAGCUUCACAGCCGCCAUCAAGGAGGGCAGACCUAUAGCCGUGGAGACGAGCAGCACCCUGGCUGAUGGCCUCGCCGUCCCUACCGUAGGUGGCAAUUCGCUAAAGACCGCCGCCCCGAUGAUCGACCAGAUCAUCACCGUCAGCGAGGAGGUGAUCGCCCUUUCAAUCCUACGCCUCAUUGAGGUGGAAAAGGCUGUUGUCGAGGGAGCUGGAGCCGUGGGGUUGGCGGCGAUAAUCUCGAAUAAGGUGCCGCACUUGAAGGACAAAAAGGUCGUGUGUAUCCUGACUGGAGGUAAUAUCGAUACCACGGUAUUGGGACGCUCGAUUGAACGAGGGUUGGCAGUAGAUGGGCGCUUGGUUCGAAUUGAAGUUGUGGUAUCGGACAGGCCAGGAGGUAUCGCCGAAUUAACCACCCACAUCGCCCACAGCGGCGCCUCCAUCAAGGACAUCUUCCACGAACGAGCCUGGAUCUCCACGGACGUCUUUUCGGUCAAAGUAAAGAUUAUUGCCGAGACGAGAGACCGGACGCACGUCCAAGAGCUGGAGGCGCUGCUCAAGGAGAAGUACAAGAAUGUCACCAUCCUG